GGCCGUCAUUGGCCAACGGUCGACGACGAUGGACGCUGCCGACGACGUCGACAGCAAAGGGCCGUCGCGCCUGGGGCGCAAGCGUGGCCCGGUGUACGAGCACUUUACGCUCGCGUCCGAGCGCGGCAACAUAAAGCGCUUCAAGUGCAAGCACUGCGAGAAGGAGACGAGCCAGAACCGCAAGCGGAUGGAGCACCACCUCGAAGAGUGCCCCGUGCUCCAGCCUGCGCCAUCGCGCGAACCGUCGCCGUUGGUCUCCAGCGGCGAGACGACGCUCCAGCCAGGGCGCAAGCGUGGCGCCAUCUACGAGCACUUUGUUCUGAGCGCCGAGACGCUCAAGGGCAAGCGCUUCAAGUGCAUCCACUGCCAUAAGGAAACGAGCCAGAACCGCAGCCGCAUGGAGCACCACAUUGCGGUCGAGUGCGCCGCUGUGGAUGCGGCCGCCAAGGCAGCGGUUCAUCGCGCUCUCGAGAGUAGCGAGGAUGUCGUCACCAGCGCCUACAGCGACAAGAUCGUUCUCGCCCUCAUCACCGACAACGUGCCAUGGACGCUACUUGAGAAUCCGUUCUACGUCGCGGCGUUUGGCGCGCUCCAGCCACCGGGGACGGCGCCGCUGACAAUGGCGGCGGCGCGCUCGAUCGUGCUGCCGCGGCUGCAAGGCGCUCUGCACGACGCCAUGCGCCGCUUUGUCGAGAACGCGCAGUGCCUCACGCUCGUGCUCGACACGCGUGCCGACGAGUACACCAACGUCGUGCUCAUCAACGAAGACGCGACGGCCUACCUCUUGGAACGCAUGGCGCCGAGCAUGGACGGCGCAACGAUCUUGGCGACCGUACAGUCGUACCUCUCGUCGCGGCAGGCGACCGUCAACGUCUGCAGCAACGAAAGCAGCGCGCACGCGAUCUACGUCACGCUCACUGGCAUUUGCAUGGGUCACGUCUCGCUGCGCCAUCUUGCUGCGCUCUUGCGACACGUCCCGGCGGUGGCCGCAGCGUGCAACGCUGCCGUGCGCGUCACGUCGGUGGUCGCGUCUCGUCCCGAGCUGCUGCACGCCUGGCCACACCCAGGACAAAUGGCCAUCGGAGCGCGGUCGUGGCUCGAACACGCGGUGGUUCUCAAGCAAGCGAUUCGGUUGCAGGCCGAGCUUGGGGAAACGCUCCUGCAAGCGGACGAUGGCCCUCUUCUCCGCCUCGGGGACACCCUUCUGGCACCACACGUGGUGCUGUCGGCGCUCUCUGCGAUGCCCGGUGUGUCGUCCGGCAUGGUGGCUGCGACGUGGGCGUGGAGCCUCGGUGCCGUCGUCCACGCCGUAGGACUCGCCGACGACGUCAAGGCCGCGUACACGUCUGCGAUUGAAAACGAGCUGGUGACUUUCGGCGAGCAGCACUGGAUGGCGGCGAUGGUGCUAGACCCGCGCGUCCACGGUGCAGGCUUGUCCCCGAAAGGCCGGCGCGCCGCCGAAGCUGCGAUCGUUGAGCUCGCUUCGUCGCGGUAUCCGACGCUGGAACCGGCCAAGUUGCUUGCGGGUUUGCAUGCGUACACGACCAAGACGGGGGACUUUGGCGCAGCGCUGCACUGGGAAGCCUUUUACGUGCGAUCGCCACGCGUCUUUUGGGGCCGGUUCAGCGACUACGCCGAGCUCUGCGCCGUCGCGAGCCUCGUGUGCAGCUACACCCCGCUCGCCGCGUCCAUCGAGACGUAUAUGCGGCGCGCCCAGGCAACGUCGCCGUGCAUCGAGACGGACGCAAGUGUCGCGAGUCUCCGGUUCGCCCAUGCCUGCCCGGCCGACGCCACCGCAGUCGCUGACGCGUACGCUGUCGCCACCGAUGUGGCCAAUGCGCUUCCGUCGCACAAUGUGUUUCGCCCAAUCACGGAGCUCGAGACGGCUCGCAACGACGAGCGCUGGUCGCAAGACGGCCGCCCGCUUCUCGAGGCGCUGGCCUCGGUCGCAUCGAAUUCUAAGAGCACCCGUCCUGGCACCACCCCUGGGCGAUUUUCCGUCGACUGCUUGGACACCUCGGUGGCGGGCUGCGCCAGCGUCCAAGCAGCCAUGACGGCGUACCUCGAUCUUGUCCAGACAUCGCGAUAG